UUUUAUAUAAAAAGUUAAUUUGAUAAUUUUUUAAAAAAAUUGGGCUAUACUAUAUAAUUUCAAAAUUAGUUACUAAAUAUAUAAAAUAUGGUAUAUAUUAAAUAUGAUAAGCAGUCAAAUGAUAAUUACAUAAUGAUAAUAUAUUUAUCUUUUCCUAGAGAUGUUAAUGUUUAGAUGUAUAUUAUUUUUGUUAGGAGAAUAUUAUAUAUGAGUAAUUUUAGGAUGUUUAGUUAAAUUUCUGAUGAAAUGGUCUAACAUAGAUUUGUGUAUGGUAGAUAAAAAAUAGAACUCUAUUUUAAUAGAGUAGAAGAUUUCUCUCUCCAAAGUGUUCGCUUAAUUGAUUAUUAUUAUGCGUUAACCUUAACGGCUUCAUAUAAUCUAGGUCUCUUAAAUAUUUUUAAAAAGGAAAUUAAUACCGCCGCAUACUUCACAUUUUGGUUGCAAAAAAAGAAAUUAAUACUACCACAUGAGUCUUGGAGCUUUUCAGUGGUUACAAGAUAAAGUAAAAAGUGGUACCGUAUCUUAUCUUUACCUCAUUAAGAAAAUAUAUGGAACAUAUUUGAGGUCAUCAACAUGACAACAUCCCAUUAAAUUAUUUUGUUUCUGUUUUCUUUUGUAAGAAAACCCGAUAUGAAGUAACUUUUUUUUUGAUAUAAAGUAACUUUUACGUUCAAAUUUGAAAAUAUGUGCUUGGCCAAACUUCCAUACUCUAAAUUAUUAAAUUGUCUUUACCUCUCAAAAUCUCAGUUUGUAAUAUGUACGUGAAAGUUGUUUUUUUUUUACAUUAAAUGAUAUAGCUAUUUAGCAUAAAAAUUACUAAGUGAAACAAUCUAUUUUUUUCAAUUCAAAUUUUUCCUACUUUGAAGUGCACUCUCUCAUGCAUUAUUAAAAUGUUCCUCGUAUUAAUUAAUGUUAUGUUAUAAAAAAGUGUACGAGGCAUUUGAGAGGAUGGCAUAUUACGGGAUAUCGAGCAACCUAGUGAUUUACAUGACAACCAAAUUGCACCAAGGCACGGUCAAGUCGUCGAAUAAUGUGACCAACUGGGUUGGGACAGUUUAUCUGACUCCCAUCUUGGGUGCUUAUGUCGCGGACGCUCAUCUUGGUCGCUACCGCACUUUCGUCAUCUCUUCUACUAUCUAUUUUUUGGUACGUAUAUUUUCUUUUCUCUAACCAUUACGAAACAAAGAUACUAGCUUAGAAGAUACAUAAAAUAUUAAACUACUUGGUCUAUAUGCACGGGAAAAUCAAUAUCUUUCUCAUUAGUCAUUAUGAAUCAGGAAGGCUAAAUGAUUCGGUAACCCUCCCAGCCCUGAACUAACCGGUUUAAUCAUUUAUCAAUUUCAGGGGAUGUUGGUGUUAACGUUAUCAGUAUCCAUACCGGGACUCAAACCACCUGAAUGUUCUAUGGCUAAUGCUGAAGACUGCGAAAAGGCUUCUGUUCUACAGUUAGCGGUUUUCUUUGGAGCAUUAUACACAUUAGCCAUUGGUACAGGCGGUACAAAAGCGAACAUUUCUACCAUAGGAGCCGAUCAGUUUGACGAGACCGACCCAAAGGAGAAGAUUCAGAAAAUGUCAUUCUUCAAUUGGUGGAUGUUUAGCAUCUUCUUUGGCACUCUCUUCGCCAAUACAGUUCUUGUAUAUGUUCAAGAUAACGUGGGCUGGGGCUGGGGUUAUGGGAUUCCAACUUUGGGACUUGCUAUUUCCAUCUUUGUUUUCUUAUUGGGCACUCCUUUUUACCGCCAUAAACUCCCCACGGGAAGCCCUUUCAUAAAGAUGACUCGAGUCAUUGUGGCUUCAUUUCGCAAAGCCAAUGCCCCAAUGGCACGCGACCACACACAAUUGCACGAGCUGCCUUCAAUGGAAUAUGAGCGGAAAGGCACCUUUCCGAUUCAGUCCACUAAGAGUCUAAGAUUCUUAGACAGAGCUUCACUCAAAACAGGAACAACAGAUCAGUGGAAUCUUUGUACAAUCACAGAAGUCGAAGAAACAAAACAAAUGCUAAAUAUGUUACCUGCCAUGUUUGCAACUUUUGUCCCAAGCGCAAUGGUCGCUCAAGUCAACACUUUGUUUGUCAAACAAGGAACCACUCUAAACGCAAGGAUCGCCGGAAACUUCAGCAUCCCUCCAGCGAGUCUCUCCGCCUUUGUCACAGUCUCAAUUCUCGUCUCCAUUGUCUUAUAUGAUCGAGUCUUUGUCAAGAUAACUCGAAAAUUCACCGGGAAUCCAAGAGGCAUUACUUUGCUUCAACGAAUGGGAAUUGGUAUUGUCUUCCACAUCCUCCUUAUGACAGUCGCAUGUUUCACCGAAAGGUAUAGACUCAAAGUUGCUGCUGAUCAUGGACUCAUCAACCAAAAGGGGGUAAAACUACCAUUGACAAUCUUCGUUUUGCUUCCUCAAUUCGUGUUAAUGGGCGUGGCUGAUGCUUUCUUAGAAGUUGCAAAGCUAGAAUUUUUCUAUGAUCAAGCUCCUGAGAGCAUGAAAAGUCUAGGGACAUCGUAUUCGUUAACGAGUUUAGGGAUGGGGAAUUUCUUGAGCAGUUUCUUGUUGUCGACGGUAUCCAAUAUAACGAAGGAACGAGGAAGAGGAUGGAUUUUGAACAAUCUUAAUGAGUCUAUGUUGGAUUAUUAUUACUUGUUCUUUGCGCUUCUUAAUUUUUUUAACUUCGUCUCCUUCUUGGUUGUGAUUAAGUUUUAUGUCUAUAGAGCUGAGGUAAUUCAUUCACUGGAUGUGAAUGAAGAGGAAGUGAAGGUGAUGGUGUCGAGGAGUAAGGAAUGAAUAACCUAAAUAUAUUGUUUUCCUUAAAGGUAUUCUGUAUUUUUAAUCUGUGAAUUUCUCCAUGGAUUUUUACUUCAAAUGCCUCGUACAUUAAUCACAUGAAUAUUCCAUAUAUUGGUUUACCCUUAAUUACAUAAUCACUGUGAUUUUAUUUUUUUGGGGCGGAAAUAUAUAUUAAGAAAACAAUUAUAUACUCUUAAAAAUUAUAAAUAUAUUACUAGAUUGAGAUCCGCAUGUUGCACGGAAUGAACAUGUUUUUCUUUAGUUUCGAAACAAUCACUCGGUUUCAUAACAAAUAUUCUAAAUAAAUACAAUUGAAUAAUAAAUAUGAUAAAUUGUGUAUAAUUUGUUAAUGUAAAACAUAUAACACAUUCCAGUGCUUAUUAUUGCAUAUACACAAAUGUCCGAGAAGAUUUUAAUAGCGCUGGAUCAUCUUUUGUUUGCAAAAUUAUGGCCCUUUUUAGAAAAUAUUAAAAUUGGGCUGUAUCAGUUAUGUAAAGCGCAAAGUAUGUGUACUGGCAUAUUUUUGUUUAGAUCUAACUGAAGUUUUAGUAACUGUCGGUAACAAAAAAAAUUCCUAAUCUAAAAAUGGAUCAAAAUGGCAAACUAAAUCUUUCUUAAGAGUCGCAUGAAUCUUAUCACCCUGCAGUGCCGUGCGAAGAGAUUUAGGGCCCAAGGCAAAUUUUAAAAAUAAAUUUAUUUACAACUAAAAUGAAAACCAUUUUACAAUAUAAUAUAUCACUUUCACCAAAUACACAAGUUUAACACUGUAAAAAAAUAAGUUUAUGCUAUAUUAUGUCAUAUAGAAAAAAAACACAUGUAUUCAGAAGUUUAGUUAGUCUACUAUGUGAAAAGGGUUUUUAAAAAAAUAAGUUUAAAUCACUAGAUUAGAAACUAUUUUAAAUUUUGGGGCCCUAAAAAGUUCAUAUUAAUCGAGGGCCUAAGGCGAAUGCCUUUUUCAAUACACUGUAGGCACACCUCUGUCACCCUGUGAUAAAAGUUUGUGAAAUAUUAAUAUUAGAUACCCAAAUUAAGCAAAUAAUACAAAUAAAAACAGUAUUAACCAUGGUAUAAGCAACAAUUGAAUGAAACUUACAUUGUUAUCGACUAAGACCAUCUCGAUACUCUCUCCACCAGUUGCAGAAUAUUGUUUCCAUAAACGAAUGUUGUUAUGAUGUGUAUAUAUGUGAUAGUAUAAAUAAGAGAGGUAGAGCUGAUAAAGAAAAAGUCCACAUGUUGUUACUAUCGCAUGCGUCUUUAUGUGUAUGCGCAUCAAGGGCUACAACUGUCACAUUUGUGUGCAACUUGUUUAUCCCCUUAAUAGUUUUAUAUUCUUAAUUUUUCUGUUCCAACAAAUUUACCAUAACUAAAAACACGCGUAAAAACAAUAUCUAAGAUAUCCAAUGCUCUAAAAUAUGCCAUGUGCGGACACCUGUACGGUGUGUAUACGCUAUACAAUCCCGGCUCUCGGCCAUGGUAACAUGGGCAACCGCACUGGGUCCAUAAUUUCUCGAGUGUUAUUUUAAAAGCUCGUUUUAAUUUGUUCAAUUAUUAAAAAAUCCCAUAGUUUUAACUAAACCAAAUCUAAUAACAAAAAGACAAAACAACAAAAAUCUCUACACUACUUACUUUCUCCUAUCCUAGGGCCCACCUAAAGAUGAUGUAUUUACUAAAUAAUAAGAAUCCAUAUUUAUAUAUUUUUGCAACAACAAGGGCACAGUUUUUUUUUUUUAGUGUUGAAUUUAUACAAAAUUUAAAAGUAUGAUAAUCAAAGUUUCUUAAACCUUAAUUUGCAAAACAAAAUAAUGAGUUUAGCUAAUUUUAUAAAAAAAACUUUAACAUUCUUUUUAAUAAUUAUAUUAAACUAAUUAAUUAAAAGGUCUUUAAUUUUUUUUUGCCUAGGGUCCUUCAACAAGUUAAGCCAGUCCUGACGCUAUGCGGCUACUAAACGUACAAAAAAACAUCAUGUACGGCAUGUUAUACGGUUUGUUAAAAUUCAGGUGUAUAUUCAGCUUCCUAGUCCGCAUACUCCGCAUAUUGAUGCGUUUGUGUUUACUUAAAAGUUAUGAUGUUCAUCAUAUAGAGACUACACUACGUAGUGUAACUAAAGUUUUAAAAUAAAACUAGACCUUGACUCAUAAUUCACGUUCAAUUCAUCAUUUUCUCUAGCUACAAGAAAAAAAACUAGAGUAUGCUGCUCUCACUUGAUUUGCUUUAUAUUUCUUUAGAUUUUUAAAAUUAGACAUUGCUUUAUUUUGUUUAUAUUUAUAUUAUCAUUUUCACAUUAUAACUAUUUUGAUUCUUAAAUUCUAAAAUAUUAUUAAUUUUAUGUGUUUGUAUUUCUAGCAUAUAUACUAUUGAAAGCUCUUAUAUUAUUUUAGUAUACGUAAUAUCUGAUUCUGAUACUAGAUAUAACUUAUAAGUAUAUAUUUAUAUAUAUAUAUAACUUAUAAGUAUAUUUAUAUAGAAAACUAUUAAUAUUAUAUAGAUAGAUAUAAGUUUAUACAUUAAAGUAUAUAUCUGCGUAGGUUCGUUUAGGCGUCCGCGUAUACAGCUAGGCGCUAGGCACUACGUCACCAGACCGAGAGCGCAUAGCGUAUUUUAGAACACUGAAGAUAUCAUUAGGCAGUAGUUAAACGCUAAAUAACGAGUUAUUGAUUAAGCGGACGCAUAGAGCAAUUUUUUGAACUCCUUGACGGUUUUUAAAAAAUCUGUUAAAAAAUGAUUUCAUAUAGAUAUAAUUUUAUCGUCAACAAAAAUGGUUUUGCCGCUCAAACCAUUUUUAGAACAUUGCGCUGAAAGCGUUAAAAUAUUUUUUUUCCUCGUUUAUUCGACGAAAACAGUGAUAACAAGCAGUUAUAUAAACAAAUAUAACUCCCAAUACAUUUAAUAAUUAUGAUUCAUAAUGAGCAGGGAAAAAUUGGAAGAGGAUGCAGAAACUAUUAAAAUGUUUCAAAUUCAUCUGUCAUUUAUUUAGUAAGUUGCAAUAAAAUAAUCGAACUCAUAAAUCAAUACAAUUGCUUUGCAGAGCAAAGUUUUUUUUUCAUCUAAGGCUUUUUUAUUCAAUAUUGUCAUAACAUUUGAUAUGGUACAUCCCAUCAAAAAAGUCAAAACAAACUAUUGAGAAAACGUUAUAACUUGAUAGAAAUAUGGUCUGACAAUUAUGAUCACAAAAGAAAUCAAUGAUAAAAUCUAGAUCGAAUAUUGGUUGAUAAUUCAUUGAUAUCAAGCUGAUCUUGUUUCGCGCUUAUUAACAAUCGAAAUACGUUUCCGCGUCAUAAUGGGUUGCAGUCACUUGCGUUGCCUACACAAGAAAAGUUCUCUAAAUAAAGAUAUAUAUAUUUUUAGUUAAAGUUGUUCAGGAGGAAAUUCCUUCUGACAAAAUUUACUCUUGAACCCGUCCUACAAUCUGCGAUAACCAUUACAACAAAAGACAUAGCAAAACGAGUAUAUCUCCAAUUACAAAAGCUGGCAGAAAACAAAAAUAUCCUCGGAAACUUAGGGAGAAAUCCAGAAUAAAACCAUAAUAAUGUAUAAAAAACAAGAAAAUACUAUUAGAAAAGAAAUUUCAGCGCCGAUGCUCAAAAAGCCACCGGCGUAAGGUCACAAAAAAUCAUUUUUUCUCUCUCUUGCGGCUGAUCUAUUUUUCAUAUAAAGAAAAAAAUAAAAAACGGUGAAACCCGAAAACUUUUUCAGGAAGUAACUCAUCCUAAUACUAUUCUCGCUUAAGCACACUUAACUGCGGAAUUCUGAUAAGUUUCGUAAACAAUGUUUUCGAAACCUACUAUGUUAUGUAAAUUGUUUUAAAUAGGAUAAAAAUGUUAGUAUGAUCAAGUUUUAGAAAAAAAAAUUUUGUUGAAUGAAGGUUUAGUCCCAUCCAUUUGCUUCCAUUCACAACUUUAAUAGAUAGCAUCACAUAGAUAGUUUUAAUAUAUAUAUUGCCAGUUGUAUUUUUGUCUGACUAAUUGUAAGAGAGAAAAAAGGAGAAUAUUGAAUAUGGUUGGUAAUUUUAAAUUGGAUCAGAAAAAAUAUCUGGUUAGAGAAAACACAGAGCAUAUUACCAGUAUGCCUUACAGCGACUUUACUCUUUAACUUUUUUUGGAUACCUUUCUUUACCAUUUUUCCUUUUUUAUACUGCUUAGCAAGUGUUUGAAUCUAGAUCCUAAUCCACUUAACUUAAAACUAAUAUGUGCUAAUUUUAUAAAUGGUAUAAAGCUUUAUUCGAAAUUCGGAUUAAAAGGGCAAUAUGACGUACCUCUGCACUUAAAUCAUUAGCUUAUCUCUUAAUGUUCCUUUACCAUUAUUCUUUUUUUGGUCAAACCAAUAUCCCUUUUCAUUUCGUAUUUAUAUAAUUAUUUAAAAAUCUUUUAUCGCUUUGCAUCACUAGUGAAUGCUAACACUAUCGAAAAUUCGACAAAUUAAAACUAAGGAGUCCAUGCCAAAUAUGAAAGUCGAAGUAUAUCUUUGCUAUAUAUAUAUUAAACAAUGACAGAGUAGUUAAACAAUAACAAAAAAAAUCGUAAUAUAA